UGACCGGAAGUCUCUACAUGUGAGGGGCGGUGCUUUUCUUCUUUGAUUGUUGACUUGAAAGAAGUUAAAUAUUGCAACAAUUCACGAGCCAAAAAAAUCAUAACAACACAAAGAGAUUGGAAAAAAGGAGUAAAUAUCUCAGAUUGUUUGUUAUCCACGCAAAACAAACAACAACAACAAAAUCCUGGAUUUAUUCAACGCCGCUUGCGUUUAUACUUGCAAACAAAGUUGAAAACAUCAGGAUCCAUGUCGUACUGCAAUAAUGACUGAACCACAGAGAAGUGCGAGGAACUCAACAGAUUUGAAAAAUGAGGAUGGAUAUGAAAUCUCUAUUCCCUUUGAAGACACUAAUGCAGACCAGUCUGGUUUCUACAACCAGAAUGACCACAUGUUUGACGAAACCGUAUCAGGACCGACCCCUCCCUGCAACCCAUACCUGCUGAUUUCUAACCUUCGUGCCCAGCUGCAGAUCUCUCUGGAAAAGAACUCGUGGCUACAGAAACGGAUAGAGGACCUGGAAGAGGAAAGGGACUUCCUGCGCUGCCAGCUUGACCGCUUCAUCUUCACCACCAAGAGUCAGGAGAGGAACGUUUCAGAGCUUCAGCCUGAGGUUUCCCAACAACCCAUAUCCCAGAAAACCGUCCUGCGCAGGGCUGCGACACCGUCUACACGGCCCAUGAUGACCCGCUCUGGACAAGUGCGCAGCCAGACCCUGAAGAGAAAAAAGAAAAACAGCGUCCAAGAUGAUGAAGAGGAGGAAGUGAUAGAGGAAGAAGAGUACAUAGAGGAGGAUGGCUACCUUGAAGAGGAGGAGGUUGUUUCCAACGAUGACGACUCGGACAGCAAAAGCUGCAGGAGAAGCCGGUCUAAAAGCAGGUCAAGCGCCGGGCCGACCAGAGUGAAAAGAACCCGGGUGUUCCGCAUAGCACGUGGAAUGGAGAGACAAAGAGUGAAAGACCCUGCUGGAGUUCUCUUCCGCUAUAAGAAGAUCCUGGUGACAUACCAGAAGCUGAAGAGCAUGUCCAGAGCCUUCCAGGUCCACGGAGUCGACCGCAACACGGUAGCGUCCACCACUCCCAUCGCCGAGCUGCUCCUGGUUGCUCCGGAGAAAAUGGAAGAAGUCGGAGAGUUCGACUCCUCCAAGGAGAAGCUUCUGGACUACGCCCGGCGCUGUUACAAGGCCCUCGAUGAGAGCGCUCACGCCAAGGUCCAGGCCUUAAAGAAGAACAACCUCCUACUGCCCAUCUCCUACAGAUUCAGGAACUGAUACACUACAUAUAAACUGCUGACUAACAAGAAGGUUCCUGAUUAAAUUCUGCAGCAUCAAGGCAAAGAACUGGUGCUGGGUUUAUUAUUUUUUUCUACCUCAGCUAUUGGUUAUCAUUUAGACUGACGAACAUUCCAGUAGCGUUGCUGGGGUUGUAAUAAAGGUCACUGAUUUUCACUCUUGGUUUUUUAGGUUCACUCUUGAGUUUGAGUGUGAAGAUGAGCUCGGGGUUAACAUUAUGAAGCUCAGAUAUCCGAGUAAGAGGAGAACGGAAAAGUGCGUAGGAAGCAAAAAAGACACAAAGGGAUGAAACCUCUCGGGUGCCGUCCAUCACCUUCUGAAGAAAACCACUGUAUUUACAGACUGUAUAUUUUUGUACUUGUUUGUUGUUGUUAUUAUUUGGGCCGGUUAUCUUCAUCACUCCUCCUCGGUGUUCCCCUGUCGGUUCUCUUCAUUAGCACUAUAACAUAGUGUCCGAAAUUCCAAAUGCUUCUGAUUUACGAUUAUAAGAAAGAGAUGCGAUGCUCUUGUCCUAAGUUUGAAGGCAUAUCGAGGACGACGUGAUGAGAUUUAUUUGACGAAGCAGUCGUGUGGAGCACGUGAGGAUGUUCUCUCAUCAGAUCAGGUGGUCAGAAGUAUUUUCUUUAUUACUGUAACACUCCUUCAGUAGUCAUGUACAAUCUUCCUGUAAAUAGCAGAUUAUCUCGAGCUGAGACCAAAGAUCAUGUUGUGUGUUUAUCCUCUGGAUGGAGCUCACGCUGUCUGAUCACUAGAACUAACUCUUCACUCUCUCUCUCUCUCUCUCUCUCUCUCUCUCUCUCUCUCUCUCUCUCUCUCUCUCUCUGCCUGCCUGCCUUCUGAUAUUCCUGAGGUCUUAAUACACUGUAAUAAUCCUGACUCACUGAUGUCCUGAUCUAUUUAAAGUCUCUGUAAAGGACAAAUGUUUUGGUUCUGUGAUCCUUUUGUUUUUCCAGUUGCGUAUCUUUUUGUCAUUCAGAGCGAAUCAUCUUUGUUGUUUGUCUUUAUUUUUCUGUCCUAUUUCUCUAGAGGAGAAUAAACCGUACGUUCAUUUAA